UGUGCAAUGGAAAGGUGUUUGUCUGCAGGACUGGUGCACCAGGAUGCUGAAAUCCGUAAUAUUAUCUACAAUCCUGUUACCCUGCAAGUGAGGAUAAUCGACAUUGAGAUACCGCAAUAUGAAAGGUACAAGCCACAGGAUCCUCCGGGUAUGCAAAACUCCUUCGAUAGGAGUAUAAUAAGAUGGCCCCGGAAGUCAGACAGUCAGUCCAUUGUGGGUAUGGAUCUCCCCACAAUUCGGGAGGAUAGAUCGGACCGUUAGAUCUUUAUCUAUCAGAGAUCAGAGUACAGAGUACAGAGUACAGAGUAGAUAGUCCUAGUACCAACAAUGAGAAUUAAUAUCAACCGCCAUAAGAGAUAUAUAGACCAUGAC